UCGAUCCAAUGGGUCAUGGGGAAACCCAGAAGGUCGGCUCCUCACAUAAGUUGUUCUUCGUUCUCUAGAGUUCAGCUCUACGCAACGCAACGCAACCAUAUAAAGUCACCCACUUUCGAACCAAAACGGCCAUCCAAUCACCCCAAGAGAAAAAUGGCUUCUCCUAUGACCGGCGUCAACACUGCGAAAACCUCCGCCAUCAAGCCCCCCUUUUCCAUUCCGUCUUUCACUUCAGCCUCUCUCUGCGCAGGAAAAACGACGCUGAGGAUGCUCUCACCCUCCUCUUCUUCGUCUCUGGUGAAGGCGAGCCUGACCCACCGUCAAGACUCGCCGCAUAAUCUGUCCUUGGAUGCUCUGAUCAAAGGGGAUCGCAGAGAGGAGGUCGUCGGUGCCAUUAACAGGUCUUUGUCCAACUGUCUAUCUGAGACGAAUCUCCACUUGACCGUUCCUGGAAUUAAGUCCAAAACCAGGGGCAAGGUUAGAGAUAUAUAUGACUAUGGGGAUUAUCUUAUUUUGGUUACAACUGAUCGACAGAGUGCUUUCGAUAGAGUUCUUGCUUCCAUACCCUUUAAGGGUCAGGUUCUUAAUGAGACCAGCUUAUGGUGGUUUGACAGAACACAGCACAUCACUUCAAAUGCAGUUGUGUCAGUCCCUGAUAAAAAUGUCACGAUUGCUAGAAAGUGUUCAGUUUUUCCCGUUGAAUUUGUUGUUAGAGGAUUCGUCACUGGAAGUACUGAUACAUCAUUAUGGACGGUGUACAAGAACGGGGUGCGAAACUACUGUGGAAAUGUUCUUCCAGAUGGCUUGGUUAAAAAUCAGAAGCUGUCUUCCAAUAUACUUACUCCAACAACCAAGGCUGCUACUCAUGAUGUUCCUGUGACACCAGAUGAGAUCAUUGAGAGGGGGCUGAUGAGUCAAGCUGAUUAUGAAGAAGCAAGUAGAAAGGCUUUAAGCUUGUUUGAGUAUGGACAGAAAGUGGCUCUGGAGCAUGGUAUGAUUCUGGUUGACACAAAGUAUGAGUUCGGAAAGGGGGAGGAUGGCUCUAUUCUUUUAAUUGAUGAGGUGCAUACACCUGAUUCAAGUAGAUACUGGAUUGCACAGUCCUACGAGGAACGCUUUCAAAAUGGUCUUGAACCUGAAAAUGUUGACAAGGAAUUCUUGAGGCUUUGGUUCAAAGAUAAUUGCAAUCCAUAUGAAGAUGAGGUUCUCCCAGAGGCUCCAGAAGAGCUUGUCCGUGAACUGUCGUGGCGAUAUAUCUUCUUGUAUGAGACAAUAACCAAAUCAAAAUUUGAGCUGCCAUUAUCAGAGGAACCUGUACAUGAUCGGAUAUCACGGAAUGUUAAAACGGCAGUGGCAGCUCUAAAAUAAUCAUAGAGGUUAAACCUAAGUUAUCAACAUUAAUAAACUUGACGAAACUUGGUUACCCUGUGUGGCGCAUGCUGUGUUCCAUGUGCCAUAGAUGUAACUUAACAGAGAUUGAAUGGUGAAACCUUUUUUUCUCUUCUAUAAAUAAUUUGAUUGAAUAAUGAAACUUGUGAAAUAUGUGAUGUGAAUCCUAAUCGAGGCAAUGCUAUUGGCAUAAUGGUAGGCCAUGAAUGUAAAAUUUUGUACUUGAGGACUUUCAAAUUGUUGAGACAACAUCUUUUUGAAAAUUUCAAGAAAGAUAUGUCGUCUUACAGGUAA